UUUUUUUUCUUAUUUCUAUAUCCUCUCCUCUCCUCCCACCUCUUCAACUUCUCUUUCCUACUUCAACCACUCUCUUCCCCUCUGUUUUCAUACAUCUAUAUUUCCUAUCUUCAUUGUGGUACACCCUCCACUUACCUCCACUUACCUUCACUUCCAAACACUUCUACCUACCUACAUAUUACCUGUUACUGCAUUGGGGAGAUCACCAUUGCCUACCCUGUAAGUCUUACUUUCUCCAUACAUCUUCAGUUAUCACUCUUAUGGUCUAUGAACUCCCUCACUUGAUUUCAACUUCCAUCUAUCCAGGAUACUAAGCUUUUGUCCUCCAUCUCUCUCCCCCUGAGUUUCUAACCAACGACUUAUAGGAUCAAAUAUGGCCCCUCUUUCGGACCAGGCCAUAAACAGGGACGAGAAGCUCCAUGAGUCGGGGGCUUCUUCUUCGUCUCAGGCCGACGGAGGAUUCGAGCUCGGUGAAAAAGAGGCUGAGCCGCCCCUGCAUAAACCCCAGCUGGGUUUGGCAAAUGAUCCUGCGGCAGCUGGAACUACCUUCCAUCAGCUGGAAAACACCGCCUUGGACGGAGGGAAGAUUGAGUUGACAGAAGAAGAUUGCUACGAUCAGCUAGGCUACUCUUUCCCAAGUUGGAGAAAAUGGAUGAUCAUCUCAGUCAUCUUUCUUGUCCAGGUCUCCAUGAAUUUCAAUACCAGUUUGUAUUCCAAUGCGCUUGGCGGCAUUUCGGAGGAAUUUGGCGUGAGCAUGCAGGCUGCUCGUUGUGGGGCGAUGAUCUUCCUUGUGCUCUAUGCGUUUGGUUGUGAGCUAUGGGCUCCGUGGAGCGAGGAACUAGGUCGCAAACCGAUUCUCCAGGCGAGUUUGUUCCUAGUUAAUAUUUGGCAACUGCCUGUUGCUCUCGCCCCUAAUUUCGCCUCUAUCAUGGUUGGCCGUGCGCUAGGUGGUCUCAGCUCCGCUGGAGGGUCGGUCACUCUCGGUAUGAUUGCGGAUUUGUGGGAAGCCGAUGACCAGCAAUACGCUGUAGCCUGUGUGGUCUUCUCCUCGGUUGGUGGAUCGGUACUUGGACCAGUUGUGGGUGGCUUUGUUGAAGCAUACCUGCCGUGGCGCUGGAACAUCUGGAUCCAGCUCAUCUUUGGAGGAUUUGUCCAGAUUGCCCAUUUUUUUCUCGUGCCCGAGACCCGGACUACUAUUCUGAUGGACAGGAUUGCCAAGAAGAAGAGAGAGAGCGGCGAAAAUCCUAACAUCUAUGGACCAAACGAGCUCAUCCCCUACAGGGAGCGUUUCUCCAUGAGAGAAAUUCUGGUCACCUGGGUCCGUCCGUUCAAGAUGUUCUUGACCGAGCCGAUCGUCCUCUGUCUCUCUCUUUUGAGUGGUUUCAGUGAUGCCCUGAUCUUCAUGUUUAUUCAAUCAUUCGGUCUUGUGUAUGCGCAAUGGAACUUCAGCACCGUUGCUUUGGGUCUCUCGUUCCUUCCGAUUCUCGUGGGUUAUUUCAUCGCCUGGGCUUCCUUUGUCCCUGCGAUCCGGAGAAAUACUUACGAACGGCGGAUGCGGCCAGAUGACGAGCAUACCCAAUACGAAUCCCGACUUUGGUGGCUGUUGUAUACUGCGCCGUGCCUGCCCAUUGGUUUGAUUGGCUUCGCAUGGACCAGUCUGCCGCAGACACACUGGAUUGGAACUAUGGUUUUCUCGGCAAUCGUCGGUAUUGCUAACUAUAGUAUCUACAUGGCUACUAUCGACUACAUGGUCUGCGCAUACGGUCCGUACUCGGCCUCUGCGACGGGUGGAAAUGGAUGGGCGAGAGACUUUCUCGCUGGUGUCCUUACCAUCCCUGCUACUCCAUUUUACCAGAAUAUUGGCGGAAAGUACCAUCUGGAGUACGCGUCUACAAUUCUAUUCUGUAUCUCAUUCGUGCUUGUUAUUGCAGUAUAUGUGAUCUAUUGGUACGGACCGACACUGCGCAAGCGCUCGCCCUUUGCCCAGCAAUUGUCCGAUGCCCGCGUCGAGCUGCAAACCCACGGGCGCCGGCUUUCUAAGAUCCCCUCUGGGUCCCGGGCGAACUCAUUUGCUCGGUCCCAGCAGAACUUGCGCAUCCGUCAAAAUCUUGGGAGCCGUCAGGGCAGCUAUAUUGGAUCCCGCCCUGCUUCGCAUGCUAACUCUCGUGUGAAUUCCCGCGUCAACUCCCGCCGGAACAGUGUUAAUCAAUAGAUGAGCACGUCUCGACAUCUCUACAACAUUGGCCUGGGGCUGAUUGAGUUGUAUGAUGACGAUGUUACGGAAACGAUUGACGAAGGUUACUUUCCGCCCAUGGCCGACAUGCGGUGACCCUUGUCUUAGUUACGUCUAGGGUCCUUUUGUGGACUGGCAAGGUAGCGGAUCUUCUCAAAAUUUGUUUUUGUUUUUCUCUUUCUACUUCUUGUUUCUAUGGUGUCUUUUUGGUUUCUCGUUCAUGGAAAUUCUACUGGACGGGUUCAGAUGUAUGUACGUUGAGGUAUCACGAACGGGUGCAUCUGCGUUGGAAAACGGGCGUUCAAGCGACCGUACGCCUGAUUGCACGUCAAUAGGCUUUAAUUUCUUGUUUAAUCUUUUAUUUCCCAAGCCUCUGUUUUUCCAUUCUUUGGUUCUUGUGUAUGUAUUGCAUUUUGAUUCCCAACCACGGUUUGUUCAAGAAGUGCUGCUUCCGGCAAUGUGUCGAAGAUGCUGUAGGAUAAUACAAAUUCAAACGCUUACAGACGUUGCUUAUCGAUCUUCGUAGGUAAAUUUAUGAUUGGAG